AUGAGAAGGCGCUUUUUUUCGCAGCAGUCUUACCGGAAGCUCGCUUCGGCAGCAGGUGCUUCAACCACUCGAUCGCCUCCCAAACAACCACCAAAGGCGUCGAACCCCCAGCUACUGUUCCCCUGUUUAGACAAGAGAGAGCAGAAAACACAGGAGCUAUCGAGGGGACACUUGAAGUCGAUACAGAGCACCAGUCUAGAGUCCGGGCCCGAGCCAAGCUACGGGUUUGUCACCACAGGAUUCCACACGUACAAAUCGAAAAAGCCCAUUUUUCUAGACUACGGCGGACAUCUACGCGAAUACCAACUAGCCUAUGAAACAUGGGGUAAGCUCAACCGUGAGAAAUCAAACUUGAUUCUAAUACACACGGGCUUGUCUGCUUCCAGUCACGCCAAAUCGCAGCCAAACAAUACAAAAGCCGGAUGGUGGGAAGACUUUAUUGGACCAGGCAAGUUCAUCGACACCGACAAAUUCUUUGUUGUGUGCACCAACGUUUUAGGCGGCUGCUAUGGCUCCACGGGGCCCUCGUCAGUAGACCCCGCAGACAGCGAGCGGUAUGCAACUAGAUUCCCCAUUUUAUCUGUUAACGACAUGGUUCGUGCACAACGAGAGUUGGUGAGAGACGAGUUUGGCGUGGAAAUAGUUUACGCGUCAGUAGGUGCCUCCAUGGGCGGCAUGCAAAGUUUGGCAUUUGCAUGGGAGUUCCCUAACGAAGUAGAGAAAGUCAUUAGCAUAAGUGGCUGUGCACGAUCGCACCCAUACUCAAUUGCAUUGAGACAUACCCAGCGCCAAGUUUUGAUGAGUGAUCCAAAUUGGAACCGUGGUUUCUACUAUGACAAGAUCCCGCCCCAUGUUGGAAUGAAACUAGCUCGCGAGAUCGCCACUGUGACAUAUAGAUCGGGCCCGGAGUGGGAAUACCGAUUUGGCAGAUUCAGAGCAGACGAGUCGAGGCCGCCCGCUUUGUGCCCCGAUUUCUUGGUGGAAACCUAUCUUGACCAUGCAGGGGAAAAGUUUUGCCUCGAGUAUGAUGCCAACUCUUGGCUAUACGUUUCUAAAGCGAUGGAUCUAUUUGACUUGGGAGCAAAGCACAUGAAUGCAGUUGUGCAACAGAGGCAAAGGUCGCAAGAGAUUCACAACGGCGGCCAAGCAACCCUCAAGCACGAAGUUGUUCCCAAGGAGCCCUAUGAAGAGAAAAACAAAGUGCCGCAGCAAUUCUCGGUUGAAGAAUCCCUCGAGGACUUGAAAAGGGGCAUGAGGAGAUUGGCCAACAAGGACGUGCUCGUGGUUGGUGUCGAGUCAGAUAUCCUAUUCCCAGUUUGGCAGCAGCGAGAAAUUGCCAAUGUUUUGAUCGAGAACCCCGACAACAAAACGGGCAACAUUGAGUACUUUGAGUUGGGCACUGAUAUCAGCAACUACGGCCACGACACUUUUCUCCUCAGUCUCGAGGAUAUCGGCAAGCCCGUAAAAAGCUUCUUAGAAUCAUGA